AUUUUGUGUUAGUGUGAUGUCGGCUAUGGCUUUUUAAAUUAUUCUAUAUGAGGUAAUUACCAGAGUAAAAGCGGUGUUGGUAUCUUUAAUACUGAGUUUUUACGAUUUGAUCACUUAUUUUGCAAUAAUAUUUUUUCUUUUUGCCAAGUGUCGUACUGUUACAUUUAUGAAUAAAGAGAAUGUCAUUAAUGCUGCAGAGUUCACACAUUCUAAGAAGGCUGUCUACCAUGCCCAAUAAGUUAGUUGACUGCAGCUUUUAUUUCAACAGUAUCUGCACCAAGGGAGAUAGAUGUGCCUAUCGCCACUGUGAAGUUGCUCGCGAAUGUGAAAUAGUGUGCACUGAGUGGAACAAUGGAAGGUGCACAGAUGCAAACUGUCAGUUCAGGCACCCACAGACUGAAGAUAAAAGAAGCCGAAUUCAAUGCUUUUAUGAAGAGCAGCCUGGUGGCUGCUGUCAGCUCAGUUGUCCUUACUACCAUAAGAAGCCACGACUAGAACGGAAGCACAUUCAGUGCAUUUGGGACACAAAGCCUACUGGGUGCCAAAAUAUCAAUUGUGCAUUUCUUCAUCGAAGGCCACGUUUCAUUGGUGGUGCUUGUCUGCCUCCAAGUUUGGUUCCUCAGGAUAACUCACUAAUAGAAAUACAAAUAAAAAUGAUAGACAAGAUUCGGAGUGAAGAGGCUGCAAGGGAAGAGACCUCAGUUUUAAUUCAGGCUAAGAAUGAAACUGAUCUAAAUGAAUUUGAUGCACCUGAACGACCUGCUGGACUGAGACUGACGCAUCAUAGUGAGGAACACAGAAAGAAAAGGAAACAGAACUCGCUGGAGUUGGAAAGUGAGGAAGUGGAUCAUUUUUCAGAGACAAGUAAGAAGCAAAAGACUGAAGCUACAUUUAGUAGCCAACAAGGCAAAUCCAUAUCUCUUGAAUAGCUUCAGGUUAAAACACCCAGCUCCAAGCCAGGUCUACAUCCCGGAUGAUGCUUGUGAUUGGGGAAUGGGAGAGCUGGUGGAGGAAAGACGACUGAGUAGCCAUCAGCUCACCCAUCUUUGGGAGGGGGCAACUUGGUUCACUGCGGGACCCACUGUGGAGGCUGUCAUGUAGUACCACCAUUCACCGGAUAAGGAAGUGAUGCAAGGGUACUGGAGGUUGUUAAACUGUGCAAAAAAAAAAAAUCCUGACUGCUGCCUAUGUGACAGUUUCCCUGAAACUACUUAAUAGGAGGACUGAUGGUAAACCACCAUGGGGAGAAAGAUCUCGCCUCAAAGUCUGUUUAAAAUAUUUUAGUUUUGCAGACCUUAUUGUAAAUAUGAAUAUCCAGUGUAAAUAUGUAAA